CUUGUGUCUUGUAUUCGCUGUUUAGAGCGGCGUAUUACCAUCGGCUGACAUCGCGUCUAGUCCUUCCUUUAUUUCCAUCCUUGCAUCUUUCCCUUCCCUCUUUCUCCAUCUUUUUGCAGUCUUCACUUGCGCUUCGUUCCCCCUUGUAAUUGAUGCACAAUUGGCGUCCUUGGGUGCUGCAUGUUUUCUUUCAUUCGUGUUUAACCGUUGAUCUGAUUAACGAAGAGCAUCUAACGGCCUCGCCAACAACGAUUUUUGAGAUCUUGGAAACCCCCCCUGAUAGCAAAGAGGCAAAGAAAAAAGAACAAAAAGAAUACAAAAAAAAAAAAAGAUCAAACGAAGGGGAUCAGGCCGGGCCAAGGCGACGGCGACGCGGAACAUGGAACUCGGAGCUCGUCAGCGUUCAGUACAUGCAUGGCAUACAGCGCAUUGGGAGACCUGAUUAUAUCUGCUACUUACUACUUGCUAUUCUAUCCUCCAUGGUCUCGGAAACCACUACAUUGGCAUUGAUUGAUUGAUUGAUUGGUAACUGAGGGAUGGGUGGGAUUGUGUACUUUUUGUUUUCUCUUCCUCUUUCUUCACUUUGCUUUUCUUUUAUCUUUCUACCUACCUUAU